AUGGCGGAUGAGGUGUUGUUGUUGGACUUCUGGCCAAGCCCAUUUGGGAUGAGGCUGAGAGUUGCACUGGCUGAGAAGGGCAUUCAGUACGAGUACAAAGAGGAGGACUUGAGUAACAAGAGUGCACUGUUGCUCCAGUCGAACCCGGUUCACAAGAAGAUCCCGGUUCUCAUUCACAAUGGCAAACCGGUGUCCGAGUCCCUAGUUGCCCUUGAGUACAUUGAUGAGGUUUGGAAGGAUAAAACUCCUCUGUUGCCCUCUGAUCCUUACCUUAGAGCCCAAGCCAGGUUCUGGGCUGACUUCGUUGACAAGAAGGUGUAUGAGACUGGGAAGGUGCUACGGUCAACCAAAGGAGAAGAACAGGAAGCAGCUAAGAAAGAGUUCCUUGAGUGCAUUGGAUUGUUGGAAGAGAAGCUUGGAGACAAGCCUUACUUUGGGGGUGAGACCCUCGGGUUCGUUGAUGUGGCUCUUAUUCCGUUCUAUAGCUGGUUUUAUGUGUAUGAGAAAUUUGGCAACUUCAGUAUAGAGGCAGAGCAGCCAAAGUUUUAUGCAUGGGCAAAGAGGUGCUUGCAGAAGGAGAGUGUGUCCAAGUCUCUUGCUGACCAGAAAGCGAUCUAUGACUUCUUUCUGCAGCGCAUGAAAGCGAGGGGGAUUGAUCAGUAG